CAUACAAAAGCUUUGAGAGGCAAAACCCACAUCCAGAAAGACCUUCACCUACCCAUCCUUUCUAUAUCAUAAUUCAUACACACCGUAUCCAUUCUUCGGAGAGAAAUUUCAGAACCAAGCUCUCCCACCUCAUUGUCACACAUGGGUAACACCCUCUUGGAAGCUCUGAAUGUCCGAGUGGUUGGGAACGGCGAGCGGGUGCUUGUUCUCGCCCAUGGCUUCGGCACCGAUCAAUCUGCGUGGCAACGCAUUCUCCCUUAUUUCUUGCCCCAUUUCCGUAUCAUUCUCUAUGACCUUGUCUGUGCCGGCAGCGUCAAUCCUGACUAUUUUGACUUCAGGCGCUACACCACUCUCGAUGCCUUCGUCGACGACCUUCUCAACAUCCUUGAUGCUCUCGGCGUUGAUCGUUGCGCUUAUGUCGGCCACUCCGUCUCCGCCAUGAUUGGGAUUCUGGCUUCCAUUCGCCGCCCGGAGCUCUUCACUAAACUCGUACUCAUCGGUGCUUCUCCCAGAUUCCUAAACGACCACGACUACCACGGGGGAUUCGAGGAAGGUGAAAUCGAGAAAGUAUUCUCGGCAAUGGAGGCCAACUACGACGCCUGGGUCCACGGCUUCGCGCCACUAUCUGUGGGCGCCGACGUUCCAGCCGCCGUCCGCGAAUUCAGCCGGACUUUGUUCAACAUGAGGCCCGAUAUAACGCUGUUCGUAUCGCGAACCAUCUUUAACAGCGACUUGAGGGGCGUACUGGGCUUGGUCAAGGUGCCCUGCUGCAUAAUUCAAACCGCCAAGGACGUAUCGGUGCCGACUUCGGUGGCGCUUUACCUCAAAAACCAUCUUGGAGGGCGGAACACGGUGGAGAUGUUGAACGUGGAGGGCCACCUCCCCCAUCUAAGCGCGCCGAUGUUACUGGCUCCGGUCCUCCGUCGUGCCCUCUCACGGUGACGGAAGUCAAUGCUACGUGUAUCUGCCCAUAGCGAUAGGUGGGCUGGGACCCAGAAAUGUAACAGAUAGAAUAAGAGUGUAGCGAUGUUGACACCUGGCAAAUAAAUUGUGGACACCGGUUCUUGGGAUUCUGGGGCUAUAUAGUCUUCAGACUUCAAGAUAAGAAGAAUCCGCAUGUGAUCAUCACGUGACGACGUUUCCGUUUU